AUGGGACAAAUAUAUGCGGACAAACAACAUCAAGAUGAAUUGCUCAAGAUCGGAAAGCAUCAAAUCACUGCGAUUACACGCGAAGAUAGCACGAACAAAUUACCAUCUGGUGUCGAAAUCAAGAGAGUGAAUUAUGAUGAUCCAUCAUCGCUUGUCGAGCCUCUUAAAGUUGAUCGAAGAGCAGCAGCUGCAAAUGUACCAUGGAUCUUACCAAACGAAUUCGGAGGUGAUCCUACUGACUUGGAAAUGCAAAAGGACAACUUUAUUGGUGAACGUAAGGCCACAUACCGUGAUUACAUCGAAAAGCUGGGCAAGAGCUCCUGGAUAGGACUUGUGUGCAGCUUCUGGUACGAAUUCAGUCUAGCCGGUAGUAGUGCACGGUACGGAUUUGACUUCAAAGAUCGUACUGUCACUUUCUUCGAUGAUGGCAAUACUCGCAUUAAUACGAGUACCUGGCCUCAGACUGGUCGUGCUGUCGCGAAAUUGCUUAGCUUGAAGGUGUUCAAGGACAAUGCCAAUGACAAGAGUCCGUGUCUAAACGAUUUCCGAAACAACUAUGUCUAUGUUUCGUCAUUUAAUAUCAGCCAGAAAGAUAUGUUGGACUCGAUUCUGCGCGUGACUGGUGCCAGUUUAAAUGAUUGUAAAGUAAACUAUGAACCAGCCAAGGAUCGGUACAAAGGCGGAGUGGAAGAGUUCAAGAAGGGUAACAUGCUCGGCUUUGCAAAAUUACUUUACUCAAGGGCAUUCUACCCGGACAAGAAUAGUAAUUAUGAAGAGAGAAAAGAUCUGCCCAAAGAAAACUUGGAUGAAUACACGAAGAUUGCUGUGGAAAUGGCGGAGAAACAAAGUUAA